GAGUAGUGGUAGUUCUGGCUUAGGAACACAUCGCACCCCACACACCACAAAAAUAACUAAGGAGCAACACAUGACUAAUUUUCAUAUUUUGCCUUUCACUUAAUGAAAUCAACUUCACAUUGAACGUAUUACAUCUCGCUUGUCAUGUGUUGAAUUAUUACCUUUUUCUGCGGCAAUGUUCUAUCAAAGGACACGUUACUGCAACCACUUACUCUCAAAACACUACCACCAUUUCACAACUCAGAAUUACCUGUAUUGCUGCUCCUCCUACUGCUACUAUAACUACCACCAACACACGUAGAAAGAGCUUGGAUUGAGAGCACGAGUACUGUAUAGUAGACCGAACUUCACGUAACCCAGUCUCGAAUAAACUCUCUGCAGACGUUCACGUCUUUAAAUGUCUUUUCAAGACCGUACAGCGGAAUUCCAAGCUUGCGUGUCGGCUACAAAGUACAGAUCGCGUACUGUUGGACGUAUUGCAACGCCGAACGACAACAAUGCUGCUGCUAUAAAGCAUCAAAAGAGCGAUUUUACUCGUAUUGCACAAAAAAUUGCAUCUGAAAUUAAUACAACGGGUCAAAAAUUGCAGAGAUUGUCUCGACUUGCUAAGCGGAAAACAUUGUUCGAUGACCGGCCUAUUGAAAUUCAAGAGCUCACGUAUCUCAUCAAACAGAGUCUGUCGUCUUUGAAUGCUGAUAUCGCGUCGUUACAACAGAUUGUUCGGCAAAACGCAAAAGAUGGAAGAAAUCAAGCGGCUCAAAUUGACCAACACAAUGAGAGUGUUGUAGUGUCACUUCAGAACUCUCUUGCGGACACUAGUAUGAAUUUCCGUGAUAUCUUAGAAGUACGCUCUCAAAACAUGAAGGCCUCGCAGUCCCGGACUGAGAAGUUUGUGGCUUCAAGCUCAGUGACGGCAAAUUCGGAUGCUAACACUGGUAACUUCAUGAAUGCUUAUAACGCUAACGGCGCGUCGGCCGCCAUGAACAAUGGCUCGCAUGGAGACUAUUUGUCUCUUAAUAUCGGCGACAGUGCGAACACUCGGUAUGAACAAGUCGCACUUUUAGAAAACCAAGUCGAUGCGUACUCUCAGCAGCGGUUGUCAUCCAUAGAGAGUAUCGAAAGCACAAUUACAGAGCUCGGUGGUAUCUUCUCACAGCUUGCUCAAAUGGUUUCCGAGCAGCGUGAGAGUGUUCAGCGUAUUGACGCCAACACAGAAGACAUUGUUGGCAAUAUUGGCGGGGCACAAAGGGAAAUUAUGAAAUUUUAUGCCCGAGUUACAUCAAAUCGGCGUCUAAUGCUCAAAAUUUUUGGCAUUUGCAUCUUAUUUUUCCUUAUUUGGGUGCUUGUCACUUGAUGAAACUCUAUUAUGAUUUUAGAACGCGCAAUGUUGCUGUUCGCGAUAUCCCGUGAAGUCGGUGUUUUUUUUACAAUUUAAUUCACAUUCCUUUUCUAAUCGGAUUGACCUUGACCUUCAUGUUCGACUUCGACGGCACUUCGUUCAAUCUCAUCCAACUCCCAUCCUGUUUCACUCUUUGUGAUAUGGCAUUCUUUAACCUGUUGGGCUAAUGCGAGUAGGACAUUGUCACUGUGAUUAUGUUAGUCAUUCGUUCUAGGUCAAUCUGCUUCUUUCUCUUCUUACUUUGCGGUCUGACACCAGUAAGCAUAGUCAUCAAUCAAUAAGCGGUUGUAUAUAUGAUACACAUCAUGAUGUUCAAACAAGUUCCGUAUAGCGAGUAGCGUUCUCAGUAUGUAACGGCGUCCCAGACGCAGAAUCUCGAAUGUGUCCUCCCAACACGUUUGAAACAAGGACCAGUUGCGGUACAGUGGGAACGUCAGGGAACGACGAGCACAUGCAAUAGCCACUUGCUUAACGUUGUUGAAAUCGUUGUCGAGUGAGGAAAUAUUAACGGCCAACUUGCCAGUAGUCCACGCGGACUCUGUGGUAGGUUCGCCGUAUGUUGUACGGUGAUCAUAAGCAUAAGCAAAGAUUAGUUCAAUAAGGUUCAGGUAUAUUUUCUUUGGAUUAGAUAUAAGAUACUCCCGACGAGGAAGUUGCAUUAGAACGCGUCGUUCUUCUUCUGUGAACUCGAAUGGCACUGUUUCUCCUGCAGAAAACUGUUGAUAUGUUUUGCGAUACUCUGGAACAAAUUUGAUCACUUCAUCGAUCUGUUCACUGUCAAAAAAGUCUGCCAAGUAAUAGUCGGGAUCAAACUUUUCGUCCUCAAGUUUUAUCCGAAGCUCCUUUCUUUCCUCAACUGAUGUACGCUCAGGAUCCUCAAGGUCAUUGACUUCAUUUCCGACGAGAGCAUUAUACUUGAGGAAACCAGAGUACUGAUCGUUGAAACCAUAAUGUGUUGUAGAGGUGUAAUUCAUCUAUCAGUCAGUCAGGAUUGCAAUUAAACAAUACUCGAGCAAUGGAGUUUACCUUUUGAUCUUCAAUUCUCUGUAGUAAUCCCCAGUCAAAAUCUGGAUCAUCAAAGUGAACUUUUUGCCAAUCAAUCUGUGGUUCUGGAACAGGACCAGGAGGGCAAGAGGGGUCUGAAGGAGCAUCCAUUUCUUGAAUGAGAGGCUUUUUCAAUAUGUUUGACUCUUUCUUUACCAUCAUAGUUGAGAGCAUAUCGAGAUUGGGGAAGUCCUCUCCCGGUGUCUCUUUAGGAAAUUGCACAUGAACAACGCCUUCACUUACGUCGUAGGAAGCCUUCGCGUUUUCAUCAUCUAUAACACGUCCAGGCAAUUCAAGUCUACAGAUGUGUUAACGGGCAAUUACAGUAAUUCCUGUCAAAACGUACUUUAAAAAGUAAGGAUUUAUACAGAAAGAUACAAGAUUUCCAUCAGCGACAAUUUCCACGUUUGCAGCCUGUAUUUAGUAUGCGUUUUGUAAAAAUUAAUAACGUACUUUGAUAAAAGGAGCUUUAACAUCUAAGAAGA